GCAACUUGUGGGUUUGUGAGUUUGUCUUGUCAGCUACCUCUUUGCUCUCAUCUUAUCCUCUGAUUCCUUUUCUCUCUCUCUCUCUUGAUCCAUCUCAGCUCCUUCAUAUUUUCGAUUUCUGCGUCUGCUUUAAUUUGGUUUCAUGUCUCCAGUCUUUAGAAGAGUAAGCAAGAGCUAGCAGACAUGGAUAACACUCAUCAGUCCCCAGCAUCAGAGUUGAAGAAUUCAAGAACACUGAUGAGACCAGAAGUUCAAGCAUCAUCGUCUAAGAAAAGGAGCAUGGCGCAAAAGGUUGUGGUAACAGUGAAACUUGGAGAAGGUGAUGGCAGGAAGCGGAAGAGCGAGGGGCCUCCUUCAGAUAGUUGGUCCUGGAGAAAAUAUGGCCAAAAACCCAUUAAAGGAUCUCCUCAUCCCAGGGGUUAUUACAGAUGCAGCAGCUCAAAGGGUUGUUCAGCUAAGAAACAGGUAGAGAGGAGCAGAACGGAUGCCUCUGUGCUUAUCAUCACUUACACCUCCACUCAUAACCAUCCAGAGGUCCGGGAAGAGCCUGCAGCAGCAGAAGAAGAAGAUAAUCCCACAAGUACUCCAGUGCCAGAAGGAGGAGAAGAAGAAGCUGAAGAAAUGGAGCACAGAAGCGGGGUGAAGGACAAUGGUUAUGAGGAGGAUAGUUUCCACUACUCCCAAUCUCCAUUCAACACUACCUCAUCUGAAGAUAUGAUUAUAAACCGGGCAGACGACAACUAUCUUUUUACAGAAACCUUGGGAACCACCACCACCACCAACUAUGAUCCCUUGUCUUACCCUCAUCUCAUGGACUUCUCCACCCCCAAAUCACAAGAAGAAAACGACUUCUACGAUGAGCUGGAAGAGCUUCCCCCCACUUCAUCCUUCAUCAGCCACACUUUCUUCAAGGACACAAUCUCUGUCAACUCCAUUUAAUUUAAUUUAGAGCUAGCUAGCUAGCUAGCUACAAGGGUUAAUUAGUUCACUAAGUGUAUGUAGUUCAGAUCAGACAACACUCCGAUCCGCUCCGAUCCCAAAAAUAAUCCAAUCUUAGCUUCCUAGCUCAGCUCAG